GAAAAUGGGCUUCCAGGUGACCUCGGGCACGAUCUGGCGGGGCGGCGUCUCGUUCGUGCUUGUCUCCAACUCGGUCUUCUUCCGCGAGCGCGUCGUCGCGCAGGUCUUCCGCCUCCUCCGAGCACGCUUUGGCCCGAAGCAGUUCCUCAAGGACCUUGAGCGCCACUUCCUUCCGCCCAUCUCGUGGGCCAUCGUGCUCCUCGCGCUCUACGUCGCCAUGGUCAUCCUCGAGAUUGACGACGCCGCGGAUGAGGUCCCAACUGUCUUCCAGUACGCCUUUGGUAUUCCGCUCAUUGUGGCCACGAUCGCCUUGCGGCGCGUCGUCACCAAGGCGUCGAUCCGGUACUUUGGCUGGGACGAAACCUCGCGCGAAGACUACUCGCGCGUGCUCAUGGUCACGGAAAGCAUUGGGUUUGUCACGAUGGUGCUGAUCCUCAUCGAGUGCUACGUCUACGUGCCCAACUCGGCCAUGAUGCAGGAGCUCGUCCUCGUCUUCUUUACGCUCCUCGAGCUCGUGGGCAUUCUCGCCUUCUACACCACCGUCCGCAACUCGAUCAUGGGCUUCUUCCUCAUCUUUGCCGAGCCCUUCUCGACCGGCAGUCUCUGCUCCAUUGGGUCGGCGACCGGCGUCGUCGAGCAAAUGGCGCUCAACACGACCGUGCUCCGCGCCAUGAACGGCGCGCUCAUCCACAUCCCCAACAGUGUCCUCGCGACCGACUACCAGCGCAACUACUCCGAGUGCACGUUCCGGAAGGUCCAUGUCGAAAUCCACGUGGCGCCAACCACGCCUGUCGCCCUCCUCAACCAGCUCAUCGACGACCUCCGCGAGCAGCUGCCCCACUGCAUCGUCUCGCCCGAGCUCUUUCACCAAAAAGAGUCGCAUGAGGUUCGCCGCUCCGACUCGAUGGGUACGCGCACGCUCGGGAAUGUGAGCGAGCUCUCCCACGGCAGCGGCACAACUGCGGCGCUCGACUCGAUGGCGGGCAUCGCCGAGCUUGGCUCGAAAUGCAACAGCUUCCGCGUCCACGAUCUACGCUGCUUGCAAGUGACGCUCGCUGGCAUGUACUGCGUGCUCGUGACAGCGCUCAUUGAGGGUAACGACAUCAAGACCCUCGCCAAGGCCAAGUCCAAAGUCAACCUGGCCAUCAUGCAGUGCCUUGAGCGCCAUGGCGUCUCGUUGUCACAGGACGCCGAGUUAAGUUAA